AUGUCCAGCACUUCCCUCACUGACAAGACAAGCUCUGCAAAAGACGUGCUGCGCUUCAGACUGCCAGGCCAGUCCAUCCUCGUCCUCGACAGCGCCGACGCCAUCUUUGAUUAUUUCGACAAAAGAUUCGUCAACACCUCCGACCUCACGCAGUCGAAUCCACUUCAGCACCGCCUUGAUGCCACAUGGACCCCGCUGGCGCGCGCAUAG